UGACAACUAUAAAUAAGUUGAUAUUAAGUUGAAAAAAAAUUAGAAACAAUGAAUUUGCUACCUAAAACACACGAGGAAUUUAGCCAAGUCGACUACUGGAAUACAUUUUUCAAGAAACGUGGUAAAAAACAUUUUGAAUGGUAUGGAGAAUAUCCAGAAUUAUGUAGCCUACUUCUAAAAUACAUCAAAGUAAAAGAUAAUAUUUUAAUUGUUGGUUGCGGUAAUUCAACAGUCAGUAUGUGUCUAUACGAUGCUGGUUAUAGAAAUAUUACUAAUAUUGAUAUAUCUCAUAUUGUCAUUAAGCAAAUGCAUGAUAUUAAUGCGUCUGUGAGACCAGAUUUAGUUUAUGAACAAAUGGAUGCUACUCGAUUAACAUAUUCAGAUGAUACAUUCAGUGUUAUAUUGGAUAAAGGUACUUUAGAUGCUCUUAUGCCAGAUACUAAAGAAGAAACACUAUCCAUCAUUAAUAAAUAUUUUAAGGAAAUUUCAAGAGUUUUACGUAAUGGUGGUAGAUACAUUUGUGUCUCAUUACUUCAGGAACAUAUCUUAAAAAAAUUGCUAUCUUAUUUUCCGUAUUCUGGAUUUAUGUUUCGUAUAGUACGUUGCCACGAGGCGGAGGCAAAGACACGAAUAGAAGAAGGAAGUUCGAUUCCAGUUUUCGCAGUGAUCGCCACAAAAUUUAUUAAUCUACCUCAAAUUGUUCUGGAAGUAGCAUUAGUCGAUGGUCCUCCAAAGCGAUUAUCAUCAGUAGAUGACAUGGUGUCAGCUAUUUUAUCAGUACAACAAUCGGCAUUGAUUUGUAAUAGCCUUCAAAAGCGUAGCGUGGCCGAUGUUGGAGAAAUCUCAUUAGAUUUACAUUAUCCCGAUGAUAAACAUCCACGUUAUACAAUUUACGUUUUAGACCAGCCUAGAAUUCGUGGCACAAAAAGUUACGCGGCAUUUAUAGUGCCGCAAGGAAAGGAAACGGAUUGGUUAUUUAGUACCAAGGAAGGAAGACAGCAGGUUCUUAAAAGCGCCCAACAAGAUAGACUUGCUAUCGUUACGUUACGCAGAGAACAUAAAUUUGAUAGUUGGGAUGCUGUGAAAAGUGAACUGGAAGAGUGCAUUUUAAAUCUAGCACCCGAGGGUUUAUCUGGUAAAAGUAAUAUCCCAUUUUUGUCGUUGGGUUCAGACGUGGGUGUUAGAAAGACGUGUUACGAAGGGAACAGUGAUUUAAGCGGUCCUUUUGUUGUGGAGGAGAUCGAGAAAGAUGGUUGUGAAUUUAGGAGAUUGAUAUUCUUAAAUAAUCCUUAUGUAAUUCAAAGUGAAGCUCGCCUUAAGCAAGCUAAAUCCAGACGGGGUAAAAUGAAGAAAAUCAUUGAUCCUGGAUUUUUAGCAUGCGAUCAUCAUUUGUAUAUGAGCAUUGGUGUUACUGCUGCUAUAAGUGUUAAGGAAUGCGAUGAAAUCAUGAUCAUAGGACUAGGUGGAGGAAGUCUAUGUACAUUUCUGUACAACUGUUUUCCUAAAUUAAACAUCGUAGUGGUUGAAAUUGAUGAUGCGAUGUUGAAGAUUGCUACUGAGUACUUUGGUCUUAUUCUUGAUAAUAGAAUGAAAGUUGAAAUUGCGGAUGGAAUUAGGUUCAUCAAGGAGAGCGCAACGAAAGGAAGGAAAUUCAAAGCUGUACUUUUCGACGUAGAUAGUAAAGACACCACAGUUGGAAUAAGUUGUCCGCCUAAACAGUUUUUAGAAAGUUCUAUUAUAAAAUCAGUCGCUGAUUGUUUAAUGGAUGGUGGUUUUUUCGUUUUGAAUUUAGUCAGCCGAGAUCAAAGUAUAAAGAAGAAAGUGAAAAACGAUCUUAAGUCUGUGUUUAAGUCCAUCGCGUGUUAUUCGGUGCAGGACGAGGUAAAUGAAAUUGUAAUAUGUUCGGUAAAUGAAAACGAUACUGUUAGAUGGAAGAGUAAAUUACAAACAGCUGCCACGACAUUAAACGAACAAGUGUCUGUAAGAAAGUUAUUAAAUAAUGCGGAUACAAUUGAUUUAUCAUCUUUCAUGGAAAACUUGUGCAUAGAGUCAUAGUUAAAAAGAUCCUAUUUAACUAUCUGCAUUUUUGUACAUAGUAAAGUGUCUUUUAUAAAAGAUCUCUCAUCCCUAUUUUUAUUAUGAGUAUUUUGCCAAGAAUUUUCAUGGUAGAAUGAUUCUCGCAUAUUUUAUAGCUCUCAGAAAACGUCACGUGAAAAUAGUGUACAAAGCAGAGUAAAUAACGUUCUGCGACCCUUCAUGUUACGAUAUGUUUGAUUAAAAAUCAAAAAAAUGCGAGCUCGGUUCACGACAUUCGCAUGUUAGAAAGAUUGCGUGUUAUUAAAGUAACGUUAAUCGCGAUGAACACGAAGCAUUAUCUUUUAUACAGAUUUUAUAGUUGUCGCAUAGUGUAUAUAUAUAUAUAUAUAUAUAUAUAUAUAUAUAUAUGUAUAGUAAGUAAUAAUAAUUAAAAGUGUAUCCUUCAAAUCUAAAUAUCUGAUUCUAAAAUCAGUCAUUUAAUAAUUUAAUUUUAGAUCAAUCGAUAAUGUCGGUAAUAUCGAUAAUGCCAAACGUCAUAGUAUCGAUACUAAUCAUAAUCAUAAUCUGACUUUAGUAUUAUUCGAUCUUACAUGUCGCUUUGUCAUUACAACGAAUAUAUUUUUUGUUUUUACAACAGCUUUCACGUUGUUCAUCGAUUUUUUUUAAUAGCGUUAUGCAGGUAGAAAUGAUAUUAAUAAUUGUUUCGUGCGGAGUCAUAAGUAGGAUCGUGGUAACACAUCGUUAAAACGUCGAGCAAAAGCGAGUAUAGUUAUCUUUAUUUUUACAAUCAAUGAUGACCCACAUUAUCAGCUGUCGUUUAACAUUCUUUUAUCGACUUCUUUCCAUUUAUUAUAAUCACUUUUGCGGAACAGGCUUGUUGAUCAGUAUUGAAAUUUACGAGGGUCUUGCAUUAUUCAUGUCAUUUAUUUCAAUACGGUAAGCAAUUAAAAAA